AUGAUUAAUACAAACUAUCUAAAAACUAAACUAGAGAUGCAGAUCGUCCGCACUUCUCUCUCCAGUACAGCAGGAGGCGCUCUGCAGCUCUUUAGUCCGCCAAUAAACCCACUAAAGAAAGAAAGAAAGAAAGAGCUCGCGUGUGAUGUGUUUGUGUAUCUUCAGUGUUUUUCUCUCUUGAGUGUUUUAAACAGAGUCUUGUCUCUGUGUAUUUUAGUGUUGAUGAUGGAUGUGAUGUGCUGUAAAUCAGUAGGAACUGAUCUGUCCAUGCUGGAUAUUGAUGAUUUCAUCACAGAAAUCUCUCAGCUGAAGAAAGAGGUGGCGUUACUGGAGACAAAGCUGAGGUUAAGAGGAGAUGAAGGACUGAAGAGAGAGGACUCCGAGCUCAGUCUGACUUUACUCUGUUAUACUGAGUCAAAGCACACAGACGCUCAGGACACUACAGUGUGUGACAGUAAUCAGGACUUACAGGAUGAUGAAUCUACUGAUCAAACCUCCACAGAGUCUCUGGAUUCUGUCUGUAACGCUGGAGAACAGCAGCAGAUCCUGCAGACCAAACUCAACAUGUGUUCAGUCAAACCGAUGGACAGUGGGAGCCAAAUGGGGAUCAAAACUGAACCUACAGAGGAGAAAAAUUACAUUGAUGAAGAUGAAAACAAUCAUGAUGAUUGUAUUCUUUCAGAUGAGAAGGGUUAUCCAUGUUGUGAUGGAGAAACAUCUUCAACAUCAAAAGAGAGACUGACAGCACAAACAGAACAGAAACUCUUCACCUGCAGGAGAUCUGAGAUCAGCUUUACAACCUUACAAGACAAGAAACUUCAUUUAGAAGAGCACAGAGAGAAGAAGUUGUUUCACUGUCAGCAGUGUGGGAUUGUUUGUGUCUCUUUAUCUGGUCUGAACAUUCACAUGAGGACACACACUGGUGAAAAGCCUUUCCACUGCGAUGAAUGUGACAAAUAUUUCCGCAGAAAACAAACUCUUGAUGCUCAUAAGAGAAUUCACACAGGAGAAAAAACAUACGAGUGUCCUUACUGUGAGAAGAGAUUUAAAGAAUCAUCAAGUUGUAAGACGCACAUGCUUGUGCACAGUAACGAGAAACAGUUUCAGUGCAGUGUAUAUGGGAAAACAUUUAAGGAUUUAGAUUGUGAAAUGUCACACCAAACAACAAACUUUGGGGACAGACCCCAUCAAUGUUCACACUGUGAUAAACGUUUUCGGCAGAAAUCUAAUCUUACAGUCCAUGAGAGACUUCACACAGGAGACAAACCUUACCUGUGCUCUCAUUGUGGUAAGAGCUUCUCUAGUCCAUCUCAUUUUAGUAUUCAUCAGAGAGUUCACACUGGAGAGAAACCUUAUCACUGUAAUGUUUGUGGGAAGAGUUUCAGUCAACAGGGUACCUUACUAAAUCACCGGAGAACUCAUACAGGUGAAAGACCUUACAAAUGCUCUCAUUGUGAGAAGACAUUUACUGAGUCGGGUAACUUAAAAAUCCAUGAGAGAAUUCAUACUGGUGAUAAGCCUUACGUCUGCUCGAUCUGUGGUAGGAGCUUCACUGGUCUAAGUACAUUUAAAGCGCAUCAGAGAGUUCACACUGGAGAAAAACCUUACGUCUGCUCUCAAUGUGGAAAGAGCUUCACUAAUCAAAGUACUUUAAAAACUCACGAGAGAGUUCACACUGGAGAGAAACCUUACAUCUGCCCCCAUUGUGAUAAAACAUUUUCUAAUCGAUCUCUUUUAAGAGUUCAUCAGAGAAUUCACACGGAAGAUAAACCUUAUGACUGUAAUGUUUGUGGGAGGGGUUUUAGGCAACGGGCUACCUUACUAAAGCACCAGAGAACUCAUGUGAAAGACCUUACAAAUUCUCUCAGUGUUUGACAAGAUAUAUAUACUCAAUCAGAUUCCUUAAAAAACCUUACGUCUGCUCUCAAUGUGGAAAUAUCGAAGUACUUUUCAGCCCAGCUAACAGAAGUUCUAAGAACGGUCCUUGAAAGUUCCCAAUGUUCCCAAAAACGUUAUGCCAGUAUUCAAAGUGUCCAGUUUCUUCAAUGUUUUAACAUUUGAAAAUAAAAACAUUUCUCUAACAUUUACACGAUCAAGAAAUAAUUUUAUGACAAUAUCAUGUUUUAAUGUUAUGAGAUUUUUUUAAAAGAUGUAAAGUUUUAGCUCAAAAUAAUUUCCCUAAAGUUCAGACAACCAAGAAACAUUCUUUAAACGUUAAAACAACUGGAUACUUUAUAUGUUGGCAGAACGUUUUGGGAAUGUUCAAGGAAAGUUCUUAAAACAUUUCUUUGUUAGCUGGGAGAGCUGAAUGUGGCACAUGUGCACCCAUGAUCUGUAUUCACACAUCCAUCCAGUAAAACAUUUCAUACACACUGCCAGUAAACAAUACAAUAAUUGUUAAAAAAAACUUUAAAGUAGAUAAAAAUAUGCUGAUGUGGCAAAUUUUUAUUCUGCUGUUUGGUUUAUCUUACAAAAAGCAUUUACAGUACAGAAUAUAUAAACUGCUUAUUAGUUAAUGUUUAUAAUAGUUUUAAAUGUGAUUGUGCAUACUUUUGUUGUUUUAAAUAAAAAGCAAAUAAUUUAAUAAGCUCAUGUCUCCCUGUAGUGCGUAAGAGGCCAUGUUAUAUUAUUUUUCAUAAAAUGAUAACAACACUGAAUAAACAAUUGUUUAAUAUGUUCAAACUUGUUCAAGUAACUUAUUCAACACUCAAUGUGUUAAAUGAGAAAGAUGCUGCUGACUGUUCGAUGGCUUGAUAAAUUUGAUGUGCCGCCAUAGAAACACAAACAAGUGAAUAAAAAAUUGCCAUUUAAAAACCUCACACCAGUUUUGGGACACCCCUCCAAAUCAUUGAAUUCAUGUGUAUAAAAUCAAUCACCUAAGCAUGCAGACAGCUUGGUUGUUUUCAGGAGCUCAGUGAAUUUAAGCGUGAUACAGACAUAGGUUGCCACCUGUGCAGUACGUCCUUUCGUAAAAUUUGCUCCCUACUGAAUAUUCUACAGUCAACUAAAUCAGCGCAUGUUAAGGCUGAUGUUGAUGUUGUCAUGUUGUGUAUUGGCCACCAGUUGUGUGAUUGCAGUACCAGUUUUAGCCACAUACUGUUCCUUUAAAUUACACAUUAAAUUAAUUACAAAGUUGUUAAAGUACAAGUUCGGUAUUUUACACUUAAAGCCCUGUUUUCAGAUUGUUUAUGAUGAAAUAGAACGUUUUUGACUGAAAUUUCAACAUAUGCGGCUGCCCAGAGAAUUUUUGGGUGUUUGUGUUGGGUUUAAUGGUGCACUGGAACAAUCCUUCCUAAAAUGCAUUAAACUUUCGUUUACAAACACGUGAAACUCACCGAGUUGUCAGGGGUGUUCACUGGUAUGCUCACACAAAAAUCGCGUUAAAAGAUGCUUUCCAACAGGUGUUUUAGCAUUCGUUGUUAACUUGUGGACCUACUUGUGGCACAUAACUGGCCCAGACCUACAAUCAAGCCUACGAUGGCCCUUGCAUGGGCAGCACUUACUUAGCCCCCAGGAAGCCCUCAUGCAGCAAAAUCCCCAGAGUUAAAUAAACACUGCUGGAUGUAUAUAUUGUCCCAAUCUUACAGAGUGUUAAAAAGUAACAAUGAAGCAGAAUUAAAACCGCUGUUAUCCUCUCUCUCACCAUCUCUGUCUGAAACCUAAAAUUGCAUUUUACAUCUUAUUUGUAGAGUCAUUUUCAUACUUUAGGUUUAGAUUUUGUUCCAUUUAAAGUCACCCUUAUUGUGAUUAGUGUUUGUUUUAGUUGAACUUGACUCUUGACCCUUCCCUUC